AUGAUAUUAGAUAAUGUCGAUCCAACAAAUUUGGUUAGGAAAUUUACUUUACCAAAUAAGUUGGAAGUGCUAAUUAUUUCUGGCUCAGACAAAUUAUCGUCAUCUGUGAGUUUUGGGCUGAAUGUGGGAUCAUUUUUUGAUCCAAAGGAAUACUUAGGCUUUUCAAAGAUUCUGGGCUGUAUAUUUCAGUAUAUUCAGGUUGAUGGAAAGUAUUUUACGAAAUUGGUUGACUCCAUACGAAAAGACAAUCUAACAUGUAUAACAUAUUACUGGAUUCCACAGUCUAGUGAAACUACGAUUGAAUUUUCAGGAGUUUUUUCAUCUGAAUGUUUGGAUGAAUAUUUAGGAAGAAUAAGAAAUUCUUUGGAAGUAAUGGACUAUUCAGAUGAAAUUAUAACUAAAUGUUUAGGAAAGUUGAGAAAAGAGUACGAACACGAGAUCAAUUCUGGCACAACUCAAAGAAAGGCACUUCUAAAAUCAAUCUUUGAAUCAGGAUUAAAAGGAUCACUUAAGAAAGAUAAAGAUUAUGUGAUUUCUGAAUUAGUAGCAGAAAUUAAAAAGUUUAAGAGAAAUUAUUUUAGUUCAAAUAUUAUGAAAUUGAUUAUAGAAUCUUCACUCUCUUUUGAUUAUCUCGUUAAGUUGGUGACUAAGCAUUUCUCAACUAUUCCUAAUUUAGAAACUGAUAUUAGAAAAAUGAGUUAUAAUUUGGCAUUGAGUAAUUUGCAUACUGAAGGCUUGUCAGGAAAUUUGGUUGAAUACAAAGGAAAUAAUAAUAAGAUAUCAUUUAUGUUUGUAUUUGAUUCCGAGAAAGGAGCUCUUCUAGGCUCAAAUAGGAUGCCUUUAUUUGAACAUUUGGUAAAGUACUAUUUUUGUGGAGAUUUCUCAGGUUCACUCAGAAAUGCAGUUUCUCCUCUUACAUUAACUUGUAAAGUUGAAUAUUUUGCAGAAAGGCUUGCCUUUGUAUUGCUUGAAGUGGAAUCUGAAGGAAUAAAUAUUGUAUUUGAGGAAACUCUAGAGCUGGUAUAUAGUUCUGUGGUACUUCUUCGCAAGACCAAAAUUGAGAGUGAUUAUUUAGAAUUUCUUAUGAAUCACUGCAUCGCAAACUAUAUGAACUAUAAUCUGUUUGAUUACAAACUCAAUAUUCGGGAUAGAAUUAGCUCUUGGAUUGAUUAUAAUGUCUGGAAUAAACUAGAAAGGUUUUGUAAGGAUAAAAGACUCACUUUGGAAGUUUUUAAUCAACUUUUGACUUUUCUUGAUAUUGAUAAUUUACUUAUUUUUCUUAAUUCAAAACAAUUUAGCUACUCAUUAAAUAGCCAUUAUGAAGACUAUGAAGAUCAAAUUAAAUAUAAUGAUGAUUAUUUAGAAUAUGGUACCGAUCUUAGUGAAAAUAUUGGUAAAAACACUAGUAUAUACUUUAGUAGUUUAGGAAAUGAUGAAAAUCUUGGUAAAUAUAAUAAAAAUAAAACAACAGAUCAGGAUGAAAGAUAUUUUUAUAACUGUGAAGGAAUAUUCUUUAAGGUUAAAUACAAUUUUUUGAAAAUUCCUAGAAGACUAGUAAAUCGUUUAAAGAAUACAAAGGAAUCAUUUGGUCUAAUUAAUGGGCUUUCUAGACCCUUUAUUAACCCAUAUACUCCAAAAGAUUUUAAAUUGGUAGACUUUGUCUGGGAGGAUUUUCCUAAUACUAGAAUGGCUGUAAAAAAUAUGGGUAUUGAAGUCAUAUCAAAUCCAUUUGCAGAAACCAAUGUUGAAAUUUAUCCUUCUAAAUAUUUAUUAUCAGGAGUAAGAGGAAUAUUUACAAAUCAAAUUACUCAAGAACAUCAUUUAGCUAUAAGUAAAUACCAUGAUACACAAAUUUCUUUAUUAGAUAAUAUAAAUAUUUGGUAUAAAGCUAGAAAUUACAAGAGACAACCAUAUUUUAGAGGAAUAUUGAGAUUAAGUUCACCAUAUAAAUCAUUCAAAAUUAUUAACUUAAUUUUAACCUUUAUUUUAGCAAUAUCAAUGAAAAUUAUGUUAAACUUUUCUUUACUUAAAGAUGCAAAACUUUCAUUGAGUCCAAAAAAUACUCCAGAAUAUUCUUCUGUUUUUCCAAGCUUGGAUUUUGAUAUGAGUGGAUACAGCUCAAGUUUAUACCCUCUUUUAAAAACAAUUUCUACUUCAUUAAAUUCAGAGGAAAUCAUUUCUGAAACUUUUUCUUAUGAUUCAAUGCGAGCUUAUGAAAGAAAGUUAAUCAACAAAAAGAAAUCAAUGACUUCAGAACUUAAAGCAAAAGAACUUUCUUUGAGAAUAACUAUUCCAAAUUACCCAACCUUGGCAAGACAAUUUUUUGGUUUGAGCCAAACUAAUCGAAAACAACUUUUUGAUGAAUUUAAUAAGUUUAAAGAAAAUCUUUGUAUAGAUGGAUUAUUUGUAGGUAACUUGGAUAGAAUUGAGUUGGAAGAAUCUUUGAAGGAUUUUUCUUCAAUGUUUGGUUCUAAAGCUACUAAUGUUCAAUGUCUCAAGCUAUUUAAAAGAAGAUCUUUCCCAAUUAAAGAUGUUCGAGGGACAAUAUACAAAAAAAUGAUUUAUCAUUACGUUCGUCCUGAUUCUUCUAUUUUUUAUGAUACUUAUAUUAACUCAAAUAAUGAAAAUAAAGAGAUUAAAAAAUAUAAUUCAACAGUUUCUAUAGAAAAUUUAUUCAAAUUUUUGAAUGAGGAAUGUGGCCAUAUUGAUAUUACAAAUAGUACUAUAGAGAGUGGUUACCUGGGUUUUGAAACAAGUUCUAAUGAAUUUGGACCAAAUGUUGCUUUAUUAGAUAUCAUUAUUUACAAGAAUACUCAAAAUUUGGAUUCUGAUGAUAUUGGAAUUUUAUAUUUAAAUGAUGCCUAUUAUAAUAUUAUAUGGUUUAAAGAAUCUCUUAAGAUUACAAAGGCAAGUUUGAGUUUAAAAACUUCCAUUCAAAAAUUUGAUAGCUAUUAUAAAUGGAGCAUUCAACUAGAUUCUUGGGAAUAUUCAGCAAACGAUUUAGGUUUAUAUAUUUCUGAAUUAACAAAUGUUUACCAGAAUAAACUAAUAUGGACUUUUAAAGAAGACUAUGAUAUGAUUAAAAAUCUAACUAUUUCUAAGCUCAAGAAUGGACUUAUUAAGAGAAACAUUGAUGAGGAGUUUAACUCUCAUAAAUUCAAUAUAGGGUAUUCAGAUUCUAUAAUAAAGGAGCUUGAUAAGCUCAAUUUUUUUGAUUUUACUAACAAAAUGAGUAACAUUUUGCGUGAUAAUACUUUGUUUCUUUUGGUUCAAGUCCAAUCUACAUCUCUAAACAAUAAAUUUUUUAAUAUAAAAUCUCGAAAUCUUAAAUCAAAUAAUAAAAAUCAUAAUAGACUAGAGAUGACUAAGAAUGGCAUGAUCUCUAUUCCAUCAGGUUACAAGUACAUCAAACAUAUAGAUGAGCUGGUUCUGGAUGAUAGAAUCCCCACAACUCCUUUAGAUUUUGACGAUGAUGGCCUUUUAUGA